AUGGCCAGCUCAAUGCGAUCCUGGACGGCACUCCUGGCUCUUCUGCUGUGUGUCCUGGUGUGCCUAAGCAGCCUGGCUGAAGCUUAUCCCCCCAAACCUGAACCUCCAGCAGGAGACGUGGGUCCGGAGGAGAUGGCCAAAUACCACACGGCCCUGCGGCACUACAUCAACCUCAUCACACGGCAGAGAUACGGGAAGAGAUCCUCUCCUGAGGCGGCGGUGGCGGAGCUCCUAUUUGGUGACGAUGAACAGGACGUAAGACCACGCGCUGAUGACCACUUGGCCUGGUAAUCCUCUCCUCUGUCUCGCUGCAUCGUGUGCAUUCCUCUCUCGUCCAUCUCUGUGAUGAUAAACAAGUUUACUGAACAGCCAAAGCAGCAUGAACCAGCGGCCCUCCUCCCGAGGGCUUCCUCUCACCUCAAGAUAUGGGCAAAUGUCUCUCUCUCUGUCUCUCUCUUUAUCUCUAUCUCUCUGACUCUCUCUCUCUCUCUCUCUUUACCCAAAUGUUUUCUGUGAAGCGACAAUUGUAAAUAAUUUGUUACUCACAUAAUUGAGAAUAAUAAAGAAUGACUAGAUGUUGAAUGGUGGUACAAAAUGA